CCACCCGUAUGCAACCCUUCCUCCUUCACUUCUCUACAAGAGCUUUCUUUAAUUUCUUGUAUUAAGCAUGCAUUCCCCAGUAAGGUUCUCGAGUUGCAGAGGUGUAGCCUUUGAGAUAAAACCUCAUGCAGACCCAUUUGCCAUUGCACCAACACCGGCCCAAAAUGAGCUUUCCAACAACAGCAAUAGGUUCUGGUUCCCUUGGGACCUAAGGAACUCCUCCAAGAUCUUCCUUUCUUCCAUCCAAAGAUCUAUGAGUCGACCAAUUAGUCAUUUCUGUGAUGUUGAUUUUGAUGAAAAAAAAAAGAAGGCAAUGAGGAAGGCUUUAUAUUGGAGAGCCUGGAAGAAGCCAGAGUCGAGACUAUCCAUCAUAUUGCUUGAUCAAGGGCUGUUCACAGUGUACAAGAGACUCUUCACUGUCUGUUUAACCUUAAACAUCAUCGAACUGGUCCUUGCAGCCACCAGACACUUCCCUUAUGCGAGAAACAGAGCUGCCCUGUUCUCUAUCGGAAACAUUCUUGCUCUGACACUCUGUAGAAGCGAGGCUGUUGAAGUAUGUUUCUCCUGUGAGUGUGAAAACUAUAAUCUCACAUAAAAAAAAUGUAGAAAGAAAGAAUGGCUUAAAUAUGUGAAGAUUCAUGGAACUAUUAGAUUAGUCUUUUGAUUUUAAUGUAGUGUCAAAACAUGUAAUGAAUCAUUUAAUGUCGC